AUGUCUUCUCGACCUGAUCUAAAGGUUGACGACGAAGUCGGUUUCAUUCGCUUCUACCGCAACCUCCCCGAUACAGAAAACAAUGAAACAAUCCGUGUCUUCGAUCGAGGCGACUGGUACUCCUCCCACGGCGAAGAUGCCGAGUUCAUCGCCCGAACCGUCUACAAAACGACCUCCGUCCUCCGCAACCUAGGCCGCAGCGAGACAGGCGGCCUCCCCUCCGUAACAAUGAGCGAGACAGUGUUCCGCAAUUUUCUUCGUGAAUCACUAUUCCGCCUGAACAAGCGCAUUGAGAUCUGGGGCUCUGGCGGCGUCGGUAAAGGCAACUGGAAGCUGGUGAAACAGGCCAGUCCUGGUAAUUUGCAGGACGUCGAAGACGAGCUUGGUGCCGUGGGUGCGUUGUCGAUGGACUCUGCUCCUAUUAUUCUUGCAGUGAAGAUCUCUGCCCGGGCGGCUGAGGCGAGGAAUGUUGGUGUCUGCUUUGCAGAUGCUAGUGUGCGAGAGCUUGGUGUGAGCGAGUUUCUUGAUAAUGACGUUUACUCUAACUUUGAGUCACUGGUAAUUCAGCUUGGUGUGAAGGAGUGUCUCGUGCAGAUGGAUUCUAGUCGCAAGGAUGUGGAGCUUGCCAAGAUUAGGGCUAUUGCUGAUAGUUGUGGCAUUGCUAUUUCUGAACGGCCGGCUGCUGAUUAUGGUGUUCGGGAUAUCGAGCAGGAUCUGUCGAGGCUGCUCCGAGAUGAACGUUCCACUGCUACAUUACCUCAGACAGAUCUGAAGCUUGCUAUGGGCUCGGCUUCGGCGUUGAUUAAGUACCUUGGCGUCAUGACUGAUCCGACACACUUCGGUCAGUAUCAGCUUUAUCAACAUGACUUGUCGCAGUACAUGAAGCUCGAUGCUGCUGCUCUUCGUGCAUUGAACCUGAUGCCUGGUCCCAGAGACGGUUCUAAGAGUAUGAGCUUGUUUGGCUUGUUGAAUCACUGCAAGACUCCUGUUGGUAGCCGGCUGCUGGCACAGUGGCUGAAGCAGCCGCUGAUGGAUCUUGCUGCGAUUGAACAGCGACAGCAGCUGGUUGAGGCUUUCGUGUCGAACACCGAGUUGCGCCAGACCAUGCAGGAAGAACACCUUCGGGCUAUUCCAGACCUCUACCGGCUUUCAAAGCGUUUCCAGCGGCAGCAGGCUAACUUGGAAGAUGUCGUUCGCGCAUACCAGGUAUCAAUUCGGUUGCCUGGAUUCGUCAGUGCACUUGAGGAUGUUAUGGAUGAGCAAUACCAGACACCACUGGAAGCUGAAUACACCUCCAAACUUCGGGCCCACUCGGACAGCUUGGCCCGACUGGAGGAGAUGGUAGAGACUACGGUUGAUCUUGACGCCCUUGAGAACCAUGAAUUCAUCAUCAAGCCCGAAUUCGAUGAGAAUCUGCGCAUCAUUCGGAAGAAACUUGAUAAGCUUCGUUAUGACAUGGACCAGGAACACCGUCGCGUCGCCAAAGAUCUGAAUCAAGAUAUGGAGAAGAAACUGUUCCUUGAAAACCACAAAACUCACGGUUGGUGCUUCCGCCUCACUCGCACAGAAGCAGGCUGCAUCCGCAACAAGCGUGAAUACCAAGAAUGCUCUACUCAAAAGAACGGUGUCUAUUUCACGACUACCACUCUGCAAUCUUAUCGUCGAGACCACGACCAGCUUUCAACGACCUACAACAGAAACCAGUCCAGUCUUGUCCAAGAGGUUGUUAAUGUCGCUGCCUCUUACUGUCCUGUAUUGGAACAGCUCGCCGGCGUACUUGCUCACCUUGACGUUAUCGUGGCAUUUGCCCAUGCCUCUGUCCAUGCCCCUUCGGGAUAUGUGCGUCCAAAGAUGCACGCCCGAGGCACGGGUAACACCGUUCUCAAGGAAGCCCGCCACCCAUGUAUGGAGAUGCAAGACGACAUCUCCUUCAUCACUAACGACGUCUCCCUGAUCCGUGAUGAAUCCUCCUUCCUCAUCAUUACCGGUCCUAAUAUGGGCGGAAAGUCCACCUACAUUCGCCAGAUCGGUGUUAUCGCCCUCAUGGCGCAGACCGGCUGCUUUGUGCCCUGCACUGAGGCAGAACUGACCAUCUUUGACUGCAUCCUUGCCCGAGUUGGUGCUAGCGACUCCCAGCUGAAGGGAGUGUCAACCUUCAUGGCAGAGAUGCUCGAGACCGCGAAUAUUCUCAAGUCUGCCACAUCCGAUUCUCUGAUCAUCGUCGACGAGCUUGGUCGUGGAACUAGCACAUAUGACGGCUUCGGUCUUGCCUGGGCUAUCUCAGAGCACAUUGUGACAGAAAUCCGCUGCUUCGGUCUUUUUGCCACUCACUUCCAUGAGUUGACGGCACUGUCCGAUCGAUUCCCUAAGUCUGUGAAAAACCUACACGUUGUCGCAUUCAUCGGUGAUGGCACGGAAACUGCAGCUGAAGCUGACGAUGAAGCCAAGAAGAAGCAACAAGUUACCCUGCUCUACCGUGUCGAGCCUGGAAUCUGUGACCAAUCUUUUGGUAUCCACGUUGCUGAACUUGUUCGCUUUCCUACUAAGGUCGUCAACAUGGCUCGUCAAAAAGCUGAGGAGCUCGAGGACUUUACAUCUGCUACUUCGGAUCAGCAGCAGCCUGCUCCUUCGCUUGAUAAGUACUCCCAGGAGGAAGUGGAGGAGGGCAAUGCCCUCUUGAAGGACAUGUUGGUAAAAUGGAAGGCUGAGAUUGAAGGUAAAAACAUAUCCUCUGAGGAAAAGCGCCAGAUAAUGCGUGACUUGGUUAAAGGGGAUGAGAAGUUGCAAGCGAACAAGAUGUUCCAGGGCAUCAAGGCUCUAUAA